GGCUGUAGGUUAACAGAAGACAUUUCUGAAAGGAAUGACUUUUCUGUAAUUUAAAACAAAAGAAAACAAAACAGCUACAAAUGGCAUUGUGGCAGAGACUGCUAGCUGAUCACAAAACCUAUCUCCUCUUCCUGGGCAGGUAGCCAGAUUGCAUUUCCCAACCUCCUUUGCAAUUAGGUGUGGCUUUGUGGCCAUUUUCUAGCCAAUGGAGCGAGAGCAGAGAAGUGUGCCACUUCUAGGGCUGGCCCUUAGAGCCCUCCGGGCAUGGUUAUCCGUGCCCUUUCCCUCUGCUGGCUGAUGCCGGCAAGCCCAGGGACCUAGGGAGGCUCCUGCCAUGAGAUGGAAGGAGAUGUGGUGCCAGAGCCGCUGCUUGGAGAAGAGCCGUCUCCUGAUCUACUAUUUUGGACUUUACACGAGCAAGAAAGCGUUUCCCAAAGUGUAUUCUGCGGAACUAGCACCUACUGUGUUCUCAACACCGUGCCACCUAUAGAAGAUGAUCAUGGGAACAGCAAUAGUAGUCAUGUAAAAAUCUUUUUACCGAAAAAGCUGCUUGAAUGUCUGCCGAAAUGUUCAAGUUUACCCAAAGAGAGGCACCGUUGGAACACUAAUGAGGAAAUUGCAGCUUAUUUAAUAACAUUUGAGAAACACGAAGAAUGGCUAACCACAUCCCCUAAGACCAGACCACAGAAUGGCUCAAUGAUACUCUACAACAGGAAGAAAGUGAAAUACAGGAAAGAUGGGUAUUGCUGGAAAAAGAGGAAAGAUGGGAAAACGACCAGAGAGGACCACAUGAAACUGAAGGUCCAGGGAGUAGAGUGCUUGUACGGCUGCUAUGUCCAUUCCUCCAUCAUCCCCACCUUCCACCGGAGGUGCUACUGGCUCCUUCAGAACCCCGACAUCGUCCUGGUGCACUACCUGAACGUCCCCGCCAUCGAGGACUGCGGCAAGCCCUGCGGCCCCAUCCUCUGCUCCAUCAACACCGACAAGAAGGAGUGGGCCAAAUGGACGAAGGAGGAGCUCAUCGGGCAGCUGAAGCCCAUGUUCCACGGCAUCAAGUGGACAUGCAGCAACGGGAACAGCAGCUCGGGCUUCUCGGUGGAGCAGCUGGUGCAGCAGAUACUCGACAGCCACCAGACCAAGCCACAGCCUCGGACCCACAACUGCCUCUGCACCGGCAGCCUGGGAGCGGGCAGCAGUGUGCACCACAAGUGUAACAGUGCCAAACACCGGAUCAUCUCGCCGAAGGUGGAGCCGCGGAGGGGGUACGGGGGCCACUCGGAGGUGCAGCACAACGACGUGUCUGAGGGCAAACACGAGCACAGCCACAGCAAGGGCUCGAGCCGCGAGAAGAGGAAUGGCAAGGUGGCCAAGCCCGUGCUCCUGCACCAGAACAGCACCGAGGUCUCCUCCACCAACCAGGUGGAGGUCCCCGACACCACCCAGAGCUCCCCCGUGUCCAUCAGCAGCGGGCUCAACAGCGACCCGGACAUGGUGGACAGCCCCGUGGUCACAGGCGUAUCCAGCAUGGCGGUGGCCUCUGUGAUGGGGAGCUUGUCCCAGAGCGCCACGGUGUUCAUGUCCGAGGUCACCAACGAGGCCGUGUACACCAUGUCCCCCACCGCCGGCCCCAACCCCCACCUCCUCUCCCCCGACGCCUCUCAGAGCCUCGUCCUGGCCGUGAGCUCCGACGGCCACAAGUUCGCCUUCCCCACCUCGGGCAGCUCGGAAAGCCUGGCGAUGCUGCCCACCAACGUGUCCGAAGAGCUGGUCCUCUCCACCACCCUCGACGGGGGCCGGAAGAUUCCAGAAACCACCAUGAACUUUGACCCCGACUGUUUCCUCAACAACCCAAAGCAGGGCCAGACGUACGGGGGCGGGGGCCUGAAAGCCGAGAUGGUCAGCACCAACGUCCGGCACUCGCCACCAGUGGAGAGGGGCUUCAGCUUCGCCACCGUCCUGACCAAGGAGAUCAAGACUGAGGACACCUCCUUCGAGCAGCAGAUGGCCAAAGACGCGUACUCCUCCUCCGCAGCGGCCGCGGCAUCCAGCUCCCUCACGCUGACCGCAGGCUCCAGCCUCCUGCCGUCGGGCGGCGGCCUGAGCCCCAGCACCACCCUGGAGCAGAUGGACUUCAGUGCAAUAGACUCCAACAAGGACUACACGUCCAGCUUCAGCCAGACGGGCCGCAGCCCCCACGUCCACCAGACCCCUUCCCCGAGCUUCUUCCUGCAGGACGCCAGCAAGCCCCUCCCCAUCGAGCAGAAUGCCCACAGCAGCCUGAGUGACUCUGGGGGCAGCUUUGUGAUGCCCACGGUGAAAACGGAGGCUUCAUCCCAAACCAGCUCCUGCAGCGGCCACGUGGAGACGCGGAUAGAGUCCACUUCCUCCCUCCACCUCAUGCAGUUCCAGGCCAAUUUCCAGGCCAUGGCAGCGGAAGGGGAGGUCACCAUGGAGACCUCACAGGUGGCCGAAGGGGGCGAGGGCCUGAUCAAGUCUGGGGAGCUGCAGGCCUGUAGCUCCGAGCACUACCUGCAACCCGAGCCCACCGGGGUCAUCCGCAGCGCCAGCGGUGUCCCCAUCCUCCCGGGCAAUGUGGUGCAGGGACUCUACCCCGUGGCCCAGCCCAGCCUCGGCAACGCCUCCAACAUGGAGCUCAGCCUGGACCACUUUGACAUCUCCUUCAGCAACCAGUUCUCCGACCUGAUCAACGACUUCAUCUCCGUGGAGGGGGGCAGCGGCACCAUCUACGGGCACCAGCUGGUGUCGGGGGACAGCGCGGCGCUCUCACAGUCGGAAGACGGGGCCCGCGCCCCCUUCACCCAGGCGGAGAUGUGCAUCCCCUGCUGCAGUCCCCAGCAGGGGAGCCUGCAGCUGAGCAGUGCCGAGGCCGGGGCCAGCACCAUGGCCUACAUGCACGUCGCCGAGGUGGUCUCGGCCGCCUCGGGCCCGGGCACCCUGGGCAUGCUGCAGCAGAGCGGACGGGUGUUCAUGGUGACCGACUACUCCCCGGAGUGGUCUUACCCGGAGGGAGGAGUGAAGGUUCUCAUCACAGGCCCGUGGCAAGAAGCCAGCAAUAACUACAGCUGCCUGUUCGACCAGAUCUCAGUGCCUGCGUCCUUGAUUCAGCCCGGGGUGCUGCGCUGCUACUGCCCAGCUCAUGACACUGGUCUUGUGACCCUGCAAGUUGCCUUCAACAACCAGAUCAUCUCCAACUCAGUGGUGUUUGAGUACAAAGCUCGGGCCCUGCCCACGCUCCCCUCCUCCCAGCACGACUGGCUGUCACUGGACGAUAACCAGUUCAGGAUGUCCAUCCUAGAGCGACUGGAGCAGAUGGAAAGGAGGAUGGCUGAGAUGACGGGGUCCCAGCAGCACAAACCGGGCAGCGGAGGAGGUGUUAGGACAGUUCUAUGUGCGUCCAGCCCCGGGACACUGGGGAGCUGCUUUGAGAGCCGCGUGGUUGUCGUGUGUGAGAAGAUGAUGAGCAGGGCCUGCUGGGCAAAGUCCAAGCAUCUGAUCCACUCCAAGACUUUCCGUGGAAUGACCCUCCUCCACCUGGCCGCAGCCCAGGGUUACGCCACCCUCAUCCAGACCCUCAUCAAAUGGCGCACAAAGCAUGCAGAUAGCAUUGACUUGGAACUGGAGGUCGACCCCUUGAAUGUGGACCACUUCUCCUGCACUCCGCUGAUGUGGGCAUGCGCUCUGGGACACUUAGAAGCCGCUGUCGUGCUGUACAAGUGGGACCGUCGGGCCAUCUCGAUUCCUGACUCUCUAGGAAGGCUGCCUUUGGGAAUUGCCAGGUCACGGGGUCACGUGAAAUUAGCAGAGUGUCUGGAGCAUCUGCAGAGGGAUGAGCAGGCUCAGCUUGGACAGAACCCCAGAAUCCACUGUCCUCCGAGCGAAGAGCCUGGUACAGAGAGCUGGAUGACCCAGUGGCACAGCGAAGCCAUCAGCUCCCCAGAAAUACCCAAAGGAGUCACUGUUAUCGCAAGUACCAACCCAGAGCUGAGAAGACCUCGGUCUGAACCCUCUAAUUACUACAGCAGUGAGAGCCACAAAGAUUAUCCAGCUCCCAAAAAGCAUAAAUUGAACCCUGAGCACUUCCAGGCAAGGCAGGAGAAGCUGCUUUCCACUGCACUGAGUCUGGAACAGCCAAAUAUCAGGAAGCAGAGCCCUAGUUCUAAGCAGUGUGUCCCCGAGACAAUCAGCCCCAGUGAAGGCGUGAGGGGCUACAGCCCGGACACCUCCCCUCCCGCUCCAGAGACUGCAGGAUUCCAAGCCUCUGGAUCUCAGCCUGUAGUAAAGUGGAAUUCCAAAGAUCUUUACAUUGGUGUGUCUACAGUACAGGUGACGGGAAACCCGAAGGGGACCAGUAUAGGAAAGGAGACAGCACUUUCACAGGUGCGUCCACGGGAGCCAAUGAGUGUCCUGAUGAUGGCUAACAGAGAGGUGGUGAAUACAGAGCUGGGGUCCUUCCGGGACAGUGCAGAAAGUGAGGAGUGCUCGCAAUCCAUGGAUGACAUACAGGUGAACAUGAUGACCUUGGCAGAACACAUCAUUGAAGCCACCCCUGACCGAAUCAAGCAGGAGAAUUUUGUGCCCAUGGAGUCCCCAGCUUUGGAAAGGACAGAUGCUGCCACCAUCAGCAGCACAAUGAGCUGGCUGGCCGGUUACCUAGCUGACGUAGACCACCUGCCAAAUGCUGCCCAGAUCAGAAGUGCAUAUAACGAGCCUCUCACCCCUUCUUCUAAUACCAGCUUGAGCCCUGUAGGCUCACCAGUCAGUGAAAUAGCUUUCGAGAAACCCAGCCUUCCCUCUGCAGCAGACUGGUCUGAAUUCCUGAGCGCGUCCACCAGUGAGAAGGUAGAGAAUGAAUUUGCUCAGCUCACCCUGUCCGAUCACGAACAGAGAGAGCUCUAUGAAGCUGCCAGACUUGUUCAGACAGCUUUCCGGAAAUACAAGGGCCGACCCUUGCGGGAACAGCAGGAAGUGGCUGCGGCCGUCAUUCAGCGUUGCUACAGGAAAUAUAAACAGCUGACAUGGAUAGCCUUGAAGUAUGCACUUUAUAAAAAGAUGACACAGGCUGCCAUCCUUAUCCAGAGCAAAUUCCGAAGUUACUAUGAACAAAAGAAGUUUCAGCAGAGCCGGCGGGCUGCUGUGCUGAUCCAGAAGUACUACCGGAGUUAUAAGAAGUGCGGCAAGAGACGGCAGGCGCGCCGGACGGCUGUCAUCGUCCAGCAGAAACUCAGGAGCAGUUUGCUAACCAAAAAGCAGGACCAGGCUGCUCGAAAAAUAAUGAGGUUUCUACGCCGCUGUCGCCACAGCCCCCUGGUGGACCAUAGGCUGUACAAAAGGAGUGAAAGAAUUGAGAAAGGCCAAGGAACUUGAAGACAUACAGCAGCACCCCUUAGCAAUGUGACACUGCUUUUCAGACUGUUUUCAUUUCUGUUUUUAGCAGAGACAUGCAACAAUAACAACACACACGCACGCACGCACAUGCACACACACACACACACACACACAUAAUCCCUCUGCAGUUUUGGGGAGAUCAGCUGCAGGAUUUUAACAGGAAUGUUUUGGUCAUUGCAUUUGCACUUUCAUGGACAACUUUUAAUUUGAUCAACAAGACAUCUUGGAACUCAAUCUUCUGUUGGAUCAUGGGAAAACAAGACACCACGAGGAUUUGAAAGAGGCUUCCUCUUCUUAGGAAGAAGCCGUCUUCCUUCUCAUAUAGGGCUGUAUUCAAACAUCGUGUGGAACUGUACAAAUAUUUAUACCAAAAAUAUAGAUAAGAAAAGGUGCGGAUGCACUAGCGACAAAGAGAAUGCUGUUCCUGCACCUGUCAGUUAUUUCCAAGAAGCUGAAUCUUUGGGAUUGAUUCUCAGUGGAGGGCUUAGACCAUACAAAUCUUUAUUGGGUCCGUGUGUUCUCAUUUCCUUCACUGUUUUUCUUUUAUCUUAAUGUGUUUGUUUGUUUUUGUUUCGACCUCUACAGCACACUUAAUGCAACUUUUAAAAUCUGCAGGUUUUUAAUGCCUUGUGGAAAUUUGCAGAGGGGCGGGUGCGUGGUAAACGGGUAAUGCAUGGGAAAUGAUGAGGAACGGCGUACAGAGUUUAAAUUUAUUUUCUUGUCCCCACCACCUCCCAAGCACCUGCGAGGAUAGUAAUCAUCUUGUCCCUUUUCUCAUGUUCAGCACUUUAAUUUUUUGGCCUUACUUUCACGUGCAAUGAGAAUUACUUAGAGAAUUGGUAAAGCAUGUAGCUUUUUUUAGUAACCUUGGAAACUGUAGUCAUUCUAAGGAAUCAUAAACCUUGCCUGGACACUUGCCACCUAAAACAUCAGUGUGGUGCUGCGUUCUGGCCAGUAAAUUCCAUAUUUUUGGCUAUAUCACCCAAACUGAGCAGUUUCUGUGUAAAUAUAGAAGGUAGAAAUGGAAAGUGAGAAAAUAUUUGAAAGGGAUUAUAUUAAUGCUAAAUAUUUUAUUCACAAAGGUCAAUAACAUGGCGAGAUAAAAUUAUUUGUAUAGUUUUGUCUGAAUGAGCGAGAAAAAUGUGGAUGUAUUGUUUGUAUAUAUUGUAUAUAGUAAAACAAAGAUGUGCAUGAUUCAAGAAAAAAGAAAUGAACAAAGCAAAGCAUUCGUGGCUAUGGUCUGUAAAAUGAAACAAAAAAAACUUUAUUUCACUAUAAGAGUACUUUAUUUUAAAUGUUCUUUAGAAGAACAUUUUGCUAAAGCAUGACUAAACAGCAAAAAAAAAAAAAGAGCUACUGUAUUAAGACUUAGGAAAAAAAAAGGCAGAGUAACAUUACUUAAAAAAAAAAGGAUAUGUUUACAUUUAAUUUUGGCUACCAGGAGUUUAUUUUAUUUUAUUUAAAAAAAUUUUUUUGCCAAUGGUGCCAAGUAAUGUGAAUGCUGAUAAUUGCUUAAGAAAAUUAAGUUACUUUUGCUAAGCAGAUAAUCAUAAGGUGAAUCCGUAUAAUAGCUUAACACCAUCCACUCACGCCAACAAAGAUCACUUAGAACGAUCAAAACCUGACAAAAGAAAUGGUAUGCAAAGCAGAACCAUGUCUCACGUUUUCAUAUCUCCUGCUGGAAAUCAGAACAUGUAAUGAAAAUUGCACAGAAAAAUAACUAAAAAUUAUAAAGGAUGCAAACUGGUCUUGUAGGGAUGUCAUGGUCUUACUAUUUCCACAUAAUGAGGAGCCAAAGAAAUCUGAUGCUUUUAAACAAUUAAAAAACUACAGAUGUUAAAUUGAGAGAAUAAAAUUUGCAUUUGCUGAUGCCAGUUUAAAAUUCCCAGGUGAUGUUUCAGGAUCAGUUGGUGUAAAGCUGAGAUAAUUUUUUUUUUCUUUUCCCUUGGUUCUGGCUGCCAACUGUAAGUUAAAACUCAAGGCUUGUUGUGAAGCCUAAAAAUACUCACAAAGCUUUUAAACUGGCGUCUUAGAAGGAAGGCAGAUACAGAGAGAUUGUGGUAACAACCGGGGUCGGGGCUCUUGGUGCCUUUUCUAUAAUCGUACUUGUUUUUUAAUUACGUCCUUUCACUGCCAACCUCGAAUUACUGUACAGUAUAUGUCUUACUGCUUGUGAUCAGCUUCGACAACAAUGGCAGCCCCACAACUAGUAGCCACCUGUACAUUUGUAAACGGACCUGACUCAGUUUUGUUUUUAAAUGUGUGGGUUUACGUUGCAGCUGUUGCCGUCCCCCAGAUACCUAUUACUUUACACAGUUUGACCUAGAGGAGGACACUGAGUAAUUUAUACACACACACUCAAUUGCAUUCAUAAACGGGAAGAGAAUGUGAAAGCCAGCUCUUUCAGAGUAUCCUAUAUUAAUGCCGAAUUUAGAUAUUUUUGUUCCAUCUCUUGUGGUACAAAUAACCGAUCUCUUGACAAGAGUAAAUGACCUCAGUGGAUUUGCUUUAACCGUCACUAUUUUUUUAAAUUUGUAUUUUUUAUGUUUCACAUGCUACAUUAUUAGCUGAGGAAGUUAGAGAAUCUGGAAGAUAAAGACUGAUGUAGAGGAAGGAACGUUCUUACAGAGGGAAUAGGAAGUAGGUUCAAAACCUAUGGGUGUAACCUACCAGUACAACUGUGAAUCCUGGGGGGGGGGUACGGACGAAACAUUUCUGACCGCUUUUUCUUGGUUGUGAAUCUUCCUUUUGAAUAUAAGAUGAUAGGUAAGCGCAGCUUUCUUGGAUAAUCUGAAUUCCCAAGUGCCAGGAGUAGGAUUUCAUUAUAAAAUUAAUAGCUAAUCUUAUUCUGUCUCCUGAAGAUUUAAUUGCUAUUCUUGUUACCCAUUUGAAAUCAGCUGUACUGUGUGAACGAAAUAAAGACAAUAAUUCGAACCCCUCUCUGGCUGCACGGUCGCUUAUGGCAGUUCCACACAGUAGUUGGCGCCCAAUGGGGGGUCCCUGAGACUUGCAUGUAAAACUAGUCUAGAUGUCUUCUUUUUUGUAAGUUUUAUUUUUGUAAUUGUGCAUGUAAAGCAUCAUUGAAUCAAUGGAUCUGUUGAAGAACUCAGCUGCUGGAAACCAUGCAAAAUGUUUUGAAUUGCCCUUAAAAUAUGGAAAAUGUUUUCUGAAUGCUUUAUAUUCUUUCUGCUGUAAAUUAAAAAUGAAGAAAAUUUCCCCA